AUGUCGUCGAUGCCCAUGGAGCUCAACCUGCCCCAGGUGGUGCCGGGGGGCAAGCACAUCAGCUACUACGUCGCCAUCAGCGCGAUGCUGGUGGUCGCGUGGCUGCUGCAAUCGCGCAAGCAGAAGCUGCCCAUGCCGUUCUACAAGGCGGCAAAGACCAAGUGGAUGUUUGACGCGGAGACGUUGAUUCGCGACAGCUAUGGCAAGUUCCGCGAUACCGUCUACCAGAUCAAGGCGACAGAAGGCCUGCAGGUCCUCAUCCCCGCGCGACUCAUCGGCGAGCUGAGAAGCCUGCCUGAAGAAGUCCUCAGCGCGACGGAGGCCGUUGACGAGGCCAUGCUGAGUCGGUACACCAACUUCACGCUGGGCCCCCACGCGGAUCUGCUGUCGACUCUGGUCCGAUGCAAGCUCUCGCAGAAUCUGGCAAGGCUCGUGCCACAGCUCAAGGGCGAGCUCGAGUACGUCGUCGCCACCGAGUUUCCCGACUGCAAGGACUGGACGCCGGUUAAGUUCCAGCCCUUUGCGCUGCGAGCCAUCGCACGGAUCAGCGGCCGGGCGUUUGUGGGAUCUGACAUCAACCGCCAAGAGAAGUGGAUGGACAUUAGCAUCAACUUUGCCAUCCACGUCUUUGUGGCCGUGGUCAAGAUGCAGCUCUUCCCGGAGUGGGCGCGGCCCGUCGGGCAGUACAUGGUGUCGGAGCUGCGGCAGAUCACCAAGGACAUCGACCUCGCGAGCAACAUGCUGAAGCCCGUCAUCGAGGAGCGGCUGCGGGAUCUGGAGAUGCCCAGCUGUGAGCAGACCCCCGACGACUUGAUCCAGUGGCUCGUAGAAUCGCUGCCUGCAGAGGAGAAGACGGAUAUCAGGUCCCAGGCGCACCUGCAGCUCAUCCUCGCGGCGGCGUCGAUCCACACGACAAACAAUCUCGUCACCGACUGCAUCUACGACCUCGCAGCCAACCCCGAUGCGCAAGAGAUGCUUCGUGAGGAGGCGCGGCAGGUGCUGGAGGUCGAGCACGGGUGGGCGAGGAAAGAAAGCAUGGCCAAGCUGAAGAAGCUGGACAGCUUUAUGAAGGAGACCCAGCGCCUCGCCGGCAACAUCACCUCCUUCAUCCGCAAGGUCAUCAAGCCGAUCGACCUGUCCGACGGCACCCACCUGCCCUCGGGCACCAAGCUGCUGGCACCGCAGGCCGGCAUCUCGCACGAUGAGCGAUACUUUGAGAACCCAGACACGUUCGACGCGCUGCGCUUCUACAAACUACGACAGAAGUCCGACGAGGACGCAAACAGGUGGCAGUUCACCAGCAUCAGCGAUACCAACAUGAACUUUGGCGCCGGCAAGCACGCAUGUCCGGGCCGCUUCUUCGCAGGGAACGAGAUCAAGAUGAUCCUGGCGUAUUUCCUGCUCAACUACGACAUCAAGCUCAAGGACGGCGAGACGAGGCCGAAGCCCAUGGUCAUGGUAAUGAGCAAGUCGCCGGAUCCCAACGCGGAGAUUCUGUUUAGGCGACGGACGGUGGCGUAA